ACGCUGCUGCCUCCGUCUGUCUGCAUCUUCGUCGGCGCUCAGCUCCGUCCCAGCAGGGAGCCGCAGGAUUUCACCAGGAGGAUAAUGACCACAGGUCCAGCCUGCUGCCGUUUCUCAUAGCUCUGGUCUCUGUUCUUCACGAAGCGGCCCGGUCCGGUCCGGUGGAGUGGCUGUGCUUCGGCUCAGGGUGCGUGCUAGUUUCACCUGAAGAUGGGGCGGCAGCGCUUGUUGCCCCUGUGUGUCCUCCUGGGGGCGCUGUUCGCAGGGCUCCCCACUGAACUCCAUGCUCAGGACGCACCAGAUUCAACUGACCUAAUAUUCUUAAUUGAUGGAUCACUGAACGUUGGAGCAGCUAACUUCCCCUAUGUGCGUGAUUUGGUUACGAGAAUCGUUGAGCGCCUGUCUGUGAGCAGGGACGGCAUUAGGGUGGCCUUGGUCCAGUACAGCGCCGACCCACAAAUAAAGUUCUAUCUGAAUAGCUAUUAUGAGAAGUCGUCGGUCCUGGAGGCGGUGAAGGGUCUGAGCUUCUCGGGCGAUGAUGAGUCCAACCUGGGGGCAGCCCUGGAGGAGGUGGCUGACAGCCUGCUGGGCGAGUCGGCCGGAGGCCGGGCAGAGGAGGGCGCGCCCCAGGUUUUGGUGGUCAUCAGUGCCGGAGCGUCCAGUGACGACACCGGCGCCGGCCACCGGGCCGUCAUCAGGGCCGGUGUGGUCACUUUAGGGGUGGCGGUCGGUGCCGAUGCUGCUGCAGAGCUGGAAGAGGUGGCCACAGAUAAAAGCUUUGUGCUGAAAGCUGACAGUUUCAGAGAUCUGACCGCCGCCGAUGAUAAUCUCUAUGGCUACAUUAACGGCUUGGCGACGCGCUCCAUUAUAUUUCACAAUGAAUUCACUGAAGUCGUAACGGUUGGAGAACGAGACAUCAUUUUCCUGAUCGACAGCACAAUGGGAACGGCGGUCAUCAACACUGUGAAGGAAUACAUCAAGCGCUUCGUCAGCACCAAGGAAAUCGGUCCGAACGCAGUCCAAGUGGGCAUCGCCCAGUUCGCCACUGACACCAGGCUGGUCAUGGACCUCCAAACCCAUGCGUCCAAAGAAUCGCUGCUCAGCAGUUUGGCGACUAUCAGACCCAGACAGGGACAGACCAUUAACAUCGGAGCCGCCUUGGACUUCGUGCGGCUGAACAUGCUGAGGCCUGAGAAGGGCAGCCGCAUGGGCCGCGGCGUUCCUCAGCUCCUGUUGCUGAUUGUCAGCAAGCGGUCCAGCGACAGCGUGGCGGGGCCGGCUCAGGCUCUGGAGAACCUGCGCGUUCUGACGCUGGCCGCGGGCUCCAGGGCCGCAGCUGAGGCCGAGUUGAAACAGAUCGCCUUUCCCGAAAGCAUGGUGUUCAUAUCAAAGGACUUCAGACAACUGUUUCGCAACGCCAGGGAGAUAACCGAUGCCCUGUCAACGCUUUCUGGGCGGAUGGUUGAACCUCCCACUGAUCCAGUGGUGAUCACCACGGUGCAGACGCAGAGAGUGUUUCGAGACAUCGUGUUCCUUGUGGACGGAUCAAACUACGUGGGGAGCAACAACUUGCCAUUUGUGAGAGACUUCAUGAUCAACAUCGUCAAUCAGCUGAACAUAAGUCCUGAGCAGGUCCAGAUUGGACUCAUGCAGUUUGCGGAGGAGCCAAGGAUCGAAUUUUACCUGAACACCUACGACAACAAGCAAGACGUCGUGGAAAAAAUCUCUCAACUCAGGCUGACUGGAGGCUCGGUGCUGAAUACUGGAGCUGCCAUGAGUUAUGCUUUGGACAACAUGUUCCAGACAUCAUCUGGGUCACGCAAACUCCAGGGCGCAGUGCAAGUGCUGAUCCUGAUCACUGGUGGCCCCCUGCAGGAUGAUGCUAGAAACGAGGCUGAUAGAUUGGCUGUGGGAAGUAUUUUGACUUUUACAGUGAGUUCUGGGCAAGCUGACCAAGAAGAAAUGGAAAAGAUUGCCUUUAUUCCCACCCUGGCCUAUCACAAACAGAGCUUCUUUGACUUACCAGCCUUGGCCGAUGAUAUCAUGCCGAGUCUAAUAUCUGUGGUUGGUGACAUUGUAGUUGAUCAACCAGCAGAGAUUGAGAUUACUGGAAGUGAAAGAGAUGUUGCCUUCCUGAUUGAUGGGACUGAUGGUGUUCGAGGAGACUUUCCCCACAUCCGGGAUUUCAUCCUCAAAGUGAUUGAACCACUUGACAUUGGGUUCAACAAAGUACGCGUCUCUGUGGUUCAGCACAGCGAGAGACCCACCCCGGUCUUCUACCUCAACACUUAUCAAACCAAAGAGGAGGUGAUAAGAGCUAUUCAGGGGAUGGCUCUGGCUGGUGGACGCAGCCUGAACACAGGAGCCGCUCUGAGAUACAUGAAGGCCACCGUCAUGUCUGACAGCAACGGCAGCCGCGCUGCUCAAAACGUCCCUCAGUUUCUGAUUGUUUUGGCUGCAGACAGAUCCAUGGACAGUGUAAAGGAACCCGCUGGGGAACUGAAGACGGACGGAGUUGUACCGUUUGGUGUUGGUGUCAAAAAUGCAGACAAGAAGCAGAUUGAGGCCAUAGCGCACAACCCUUCGUUUGCUUUCAAUGUGAAGGAAUUCAGGGAACUGGAACCCUUACCGCCCAGGAUCAACACCUAUGUUUCCCUGCCGAAGGACGAGCUGGCAGCUGCCCUACGCCAAGCGGAAUCACAAGGCCCAAGAAAAGACGUCGUCUUCCUUAUUGAUGGAUCGGAUGGUGUUGGGCGAGAAUUUGCUAUCAUCCAAGAGUUCAUCCGCAGAGUGGUCGAGAGUCUCAACGUGGGUGAAAACAAGAUCCGAAUUGGUGUGGUCCAGUAUGGUGACUCUGCCAAGGCUGACAUGCAUCUCAAUACCUAUACAACAAAAGAAGGAGUCCUAAACGGCAUCAGAGAAAUGAGACAGAUUGGAGGAAGACAGCGGAACCUUGGCCAAGCAUUGCAGUUUCUCAGUCAGAACGUUAUGAUACCAGCACGAGGUAGCAGGAAGCAAGAAGGUGUGCCACAGUUUGCUAUCGUUGUGUCCAGUAGGCCCUCAACAGAUGAUAUCACUCGUCAAGCCUCUUCCCUCAAGCAAUCUGGAGUCAUCUCAUUCAGCAUUGGCACAAGGGAGAUCAACCCCACAGAACUAAAAGUAGUGUCAUAUGUCCCAAAUUUCUCCUUUACUGUUGAUGACCUCCCCGGCUUGUACAUAGUCCAAGAAAAUCUCAUCAACACAAUAACAGAGUUAUCAGACGAGGAUAUUGCAAAGUUGAGACCUCAAUUCCCAAUAUAUGAAGAAUUCACACCACCAGCAGCAACAGGAGAUAAGAGGGAUGUUGUCUUUCUGAUUGAUGGCUCUUCUGCAACACGUAGUGAGUUCCCAUCCGUCCGUGACAUGAUUAGAAGAGUUGUGGAGCAGCUGGAUGUAGGACUGGACAGGGUCAGAGUCUCAGUUGUACAGUACAGCGACGAUCCGAAGCCAGAAUUCCUCCUCAACGAACACUCCACCAAAGCCGAAGUCCGGCAGGCUGUGAUGAAACUCAGAAGCAGCGGUGGAAAUCGCCUCAACACGGGCCGGGCUCUUGAAUGGGUCUCCAGGAACAUCUACCAGAGAUCUGCAGGAAGCCGCAUCGAGGAAGGCGUGCCUCAGUUCCUCAUUCUGGUCACAGGCGGCAGGUCUUCAGAUGAUGUGUCCACACAAGCCAACCAGUUAAAGAGAAAUCAGGUUGCACCCCUUGCCAUUGGUUCAAGAAACGCAGAUCUAAAUGAGCUGAGACAGAUUUCCUUAAAGCCAGAGCUUGUGUACUCUGUUGACACUUUUCAACAACUUCCAAGAGUGGAACCACAACUCAUUAAUUCAGUCCAAACAAUAUCCACCACUGACAUUAUCAGAAGUUAUAUUCCAACAGUGGAUAUAGCCACCCUAGAUCUUGGGAAAAAGGACAUCAUCUUCCUCAUUGAUGGCUCGGACACCACAGGUCCCAAUGGGAUUGCCCAUAUUCGAGACUUUAUCGUCAGCAUUGUCCAACAGCUAGAUGUGCAGCCUGAUAAAGUUCGUGUUGCUGUUGUCCAGUACGCAGACAGAGCUAAAACCGAGUUCUCACUCAAUACCCACAACAACAAGCAGGCUGUGCUGUCUGCUGUCAAACGCCUUCGUCAGAUGGGCGGACGCUCCUCUCAGCUGGCCAACGCCAUUGAUCAUGUCUUAGAGAACGAGGUCAAACCACUGGCUGGCGUUCGUCUGUCUGACGCCUCCCAGCAUCUUGUGGUUCUCACAGGAGGACCGUCCUCCCAACCGGUUUCUAUCUCUGGACCGCUGCUGAAGAACAAGCGGGUGAACUGCAUUGGUGUUGGGACUGGCAACGCUGACAGAUCUCAGCUAAGUCAAAUUGCCACGUCGUCAGAAGAUGUUGUUACAGUGCCUACAUUCCCCAACUUACCGACAGCAAAAGACAAGGUUAUUUCCAGACUGAGAGGCUCCACAGGGACUGCUUUCCCCACAUAUGUUUAUCCAACGGAAGAUCUGCCACAACCCAAAAAGGCUGACAUAGUAUUCCUAAUGGAUGGAUCCAUCAACCUGGGCCAGAGCAACUUCAACAACGUCAGGGACUUCAUCAUGAAUCUUAUUGAUCUGUUCUACAACGAGAGAGACAACCUACGAAUCGGCCUUGCGCAGUAUGCCACAGAUGUGAGCGACGCCUUUUUCCUCAACACCUACAGCAACAGGGACAACGUCAUCGAAGCUAUCGGCAAGAUAGAAUACAAAGGCGGACGCAGAAUCAUGACGGGCGACGCCAUUCGCCACGUGCAAGACGUCCAUUUUAGCAAGCAGAGAGGCAGUAGGAAAGAUGAAGGUACUCCUCAGAUCCUCAUGCUUGUCACAGGAGGUCGCUCACAGGAUGACGGGAAGACGGCCGCGCUGGGCCUGAAGAACAAAGGUGUAAGGAUCUUCGCUGUUGGAGUGGGCGACAUUCAGGAUGAGCUGGAAAACCUUGCGAGUCAGUCGUCUACUGUGGCCCGAGCACAAACCUUCCAGGAGCUGUCAGAGCUCAAUGAACAAAUCCUGGAGGCUUUGGACGAUGAAGUGAAGGAGACUUAUUGCAUUGAAACACCACAAGCAGCCAAACCUUGCAAUGUCGAGGUGUUAGUUGGCUUUGAUGUGUCUGGCCAGAACAUCUUCAGCACUCAAAGUAACCUUCAGAGCAAAAUGAACACCAUUCUGCAGAGAAUUUCCAAAAUGGCCCCCAUCAGUUGCUCCGGAGGGCAGAACCCCUCCAUCCAGGUGGGCCUGCUGGCCUUGGACUCUGCCUCCAAGCCGGUCCAAAUCGACUUCAAGGACAACCCUGAUGAGCUGUUUGAGGCCUUCAGAGGCCUGCGGAGUCAGGGUCCCUUCAUCCUGAAUACUCAGACCAUCCAAGCCUACAUGAACCGGUUCCGAGUCAGACAAGCCGACACCAUCAAGGUCAUCAUUCAUCUGACGGACGGUCUUGAUGCUCCAUACGCUGAAAUGAAGAGACGAGUUGAGGAGCUACAUCGGUCGGGAGUCAACAGUUUCAUUCUGGUUGGGCUGGAGCGGGUGGAGCAGUUUGAAGAGGCUUUGCUGUUGGAAUUUGGCCGCGGCUUUAGGUACACAAGGCCCUUAAAACUCAACGUCAUGGACCUGGACUAUGAACUUAUGGAGGAACUGAGCAACAUCGCAGAGAGGGAGUGCUGUGGCGUUCCAUGCAAAUGUACUGGGAACCGAGGAGACCGAGGGGGCGUGGGCCUGCCUGGGAUUAAGGGCAGUCCGGGAUUACCAGGAAGCCCGGGACAUCCUGGUGACGAGGGUGGACCAGGAGAAAGAGGUCCUCCUGGUGUUAACGGUACUCAGGGCUUCCAGGGAUGUCCUGGACAGAGAGGUGUCAAGGGAUCUCGUGGGUUCUCAGGAGAAAAGGGUGAAUUAGGAGAACUUGGGCUUGAUGGCAUCAAUGGAGAAGAAGGGAAAAGUGGAGUUGCUGGACCUCCAGGUGACAGAGGAAACCCUGGCAGGAGAGGUGCUAAAGGAGCCAAAGGACAAGCAGGCGACAUAGGACAAAUGGGAAUCAGAGGAGACCCUGGGACGAGGGGGCGAGAUAACAACAGUCCGGGACCUAAAGGAGAGCGCGGUGAUAUCGGACCGCCGGGAGUUCCUGGUGAAGAUGGGUUGAAAGGAACCCCUGGCGAUCGUGGUAGACGGGGACUUGAUGGCAGAAGAGGCCAGCCAGGACAACCUGGAAACCGCGGGCUUCCUGGAGACAGAGGCCAGGCCGGGCAGCCUGGUAUCGCAGGCUCAAGAGGUGCAGCUGGACCAGUCGGUACACGAGGACCCAAAGGGGAAGAUGGCAACCCAGGACCCAGAGGUCCUGGAGGUAAUCCUGGUCCAAACGGAGAAAACGGAAGAAGAGGACCUCUAGGUCGCAAGGGAGAACUGGGAGAACCGGGACCCAAGGGUGUGAUUGGACCGGUUGGCCCCCACGGAGAGCCUGGUCAAGAUGGCAGAGAUGGAAUCGGUUCGAAGGGAGAAAAAGGAAGGAAGGGUGAUGAUGGUUUCCCAGGAUUCCCUGGACUCAAGGGUGCAGCCGGAGACCCUGGACCCCGCGGAGGACCCGGACCCAGAGGGAACCGUGGACAAAGAGGUGUCUCUGGGGAUGUUGGAUCACCUGGACAGAAGGGAGAAGUUGGAUAUUCUGGACCUUAUGGGGCCAAAGGACCACGAGGACCAGGUGUUGUGCAAUGUGACCUGGUCAAGAAGAUCAGAGAUAACUGUCCUUGCUGUUAUGGUAAGCAGGAAUGUCCGCUGUACCCCACUGAGCUAGCCUUCGCGCUGGACGUCUCCCAGGCCGUAGACCGCCAGGUCUUCAACAACAUGCGGGACACGGCCGCCCUCCUGGUCAGGAACAUCACCAUCGCCGAGAGCAACUGUCCGAGAGGAGCUCGCGUCGCUCUCACCUUGUACAACAACGAGGUGAUCACCGAGUUCCGGUUUGCCGACUCCAUGAAGAAGCGGUCGCUGGUGGAUCACAUCGAGGGGCUGCAGAAACCGCGGUCCAGUAAGGAGGCCAGUCUGGACACAGCCAUGAGCUUUGUGGCCCAGAACACCUUCAAGAGAGUACGCAGCGGCUUCCUGAUGAGGAAGGUCGCCGUCUUCUUUGUUGGUCAUCGUGUCAGGCAGACCCAGAGAAUCACCAACGCUGCCCUUCGCCUUCACGAUGCCGGAAUCGCCACGCUGCUGCUGGUGAACAGCGAGAGCAGAGAGCUGAGCCGGGCAGUUCAGGUCAACAACACGGCGCUGGCCCAGGUCAUCGUCCUUCCCUCCCCGGGAAGCUCCCAGUACAAGUCUGUCUUCCAAAAGAUCUUGAGCUGCCACGUCUGCUACGAUUCUUGCUCUCCAGACCAGCUUUGUGACUAUCUGCCUCCGUCGGCCAGCCGCGAUCGGCGAUCUCUGACGUCUGAUGUGGACAUCGACAUGGCGUUCAUCAUAGACAGCUCCGAGUCGACCUUCCUGUCCACCUUCAUCGAGAUUAAACGAUACAUCGCUCACAUCGUAGAGGCUCUUCACGUGUCUUCGGAUCCCACCGCCUCCGUCCAUCACGCCAGAGUGUCUGUCGUCCAGCAGGCUCCCUACGAGUUCAUGCACAACCGGACCGGCCAACCCAUCCGCGUGGACCUGGGCCUGACCGACCACGCCUCGGCUCAGGCCGUCGUCCGGUUCCUGCUGGACAAGACGGAGCAGCUGGAGGGCGGCCGCGCCCUGCCGGCAGCCAUCGAGGCCACCGUGGAUCAGGUGUUCGAGAAGGCGCCGCUGCAGCGCGACAGGAAGGUGAUGGUGCUGUUUGUGACCGGCAGCGUGGCGGAGGACGAGGAUCAGCUGGUCCGCAUCGCCAACGAGGUCAAAUGCAGAGGCUACUUCCUGGUGAUCUUCGGCGUGGGCGAGUCGGUGGGGCCCAGGGACGCUCACGUCCUGUCGCGCAUGGCGAGCGAACCCUCUGAUGUCUUCUUCAAGCGCCUCGACCUCAUUUCCCACUUUUAUGACAAACACAUCCAGACGUUUGGCCAGCUGUUUGCUAAGUAUAUCAGCUUUGAAAACCGACCUGAACAAUCUAAGACCUGUCAGUGGACGCAGAGCGACCAGCCGCUGAAGAGCCCCCUGCCACCUUCACAGCGCCAGGAGAAACACCAGAAGCAUCAUGACGGCCACCAAGCAGUUCAUGAGAGAAAACUCAAUAACGCCGACGAGCUGCACGUCUCCAACGUCACCGCCAGCAGCUUCACGUUGCGGUGGAGCAACCCCGAACCCAAACUGCUGGUCUACUUUGAGGUGGUAGUGACCCGACUGCAGGACCACACCCUGGUGGUGAAGACCAACGUUUCAGGCUCAGAGAUCGCGGUGUUCAACGUGGAGAGCUCUCAGACGUAUCACGCUGUGGUCACGGCGUACACAGCAGAGGGCCGGGUCGUCUCGGCCCGCAAGGGCAUCGUCACAACCAAAGCAGCCAGCCUCGGCAGCAGCACUGUAAAAACUACGCCGCUGGACAAACCGGAGCCUGCUAGUGGCCUGGCAGACCCCUGCUCACUUGACUUUGACCCGGGAAUGCCGUGCAAAGACUUUGAGGCUAAGUGGUUCUUUGACAGACAGAAUGGGUUCUGUGCAGAGUUCUGGUUUGGAGGUUGUGGAGGAAAUGAGAAUAGGUUCGACUCAGAAGAACUUUGCUUGAAAAACUGCAUGAGGUCAGCGCCGCAGCCUGAGCCAGAGGAGCAGCGAGGCGAACAGCUGGAGAUUCUUCCGGCUCCUGCUGCCAUUACGUCUGUGGACAUUUGCCAGCUUCCCAAAGAAGAAGGAAAAUGUGCAAAGUUUGUUCUGAAGUGGCAUUUUGAUGCCGCCAGCAGCAGCUGCAGCCGCUUCUGGUAUGGCGGCUGCGACGGGAACCAGAACCGCUUUGACACGUAUGAGCAGUGCAUGAAGGCGUGUGGAGCCGCAGCAGGGAACCCGGGGCUCCUGGCCGCAGUGAGAACAUAGGAGUGGCGCCUCAACCUCGUCUGCAGAAGCGAAGGGCCGCACUGUAAGGACGCCUUGCUGAAGCAAUGGUGGCAGCACUGGACUCAACACACAUGAACUUUGACCCCCGACUUCCUGAAGUAGUCUGUUUGACGACAAGAUGUAAGGAAGACAGUUCGCUGCGUGAAAACUUUAAUCUAUUGGUGCUAAACGAGUUGAUUAAAUGCAGCAGUUUGUCUCGAACCAUGAAGUAAAACAGCUUUUAAUGUUUCUAUGAUGGAUCUGUAAUGAAUCCAACAGCAGGACUUGAACCUCGGUGACUUUCUCCACUGUAGCGCCGCGCGGCUCUUUACAUGCUCGUCACCCAGAAACCCACCGCUCUGAUGUCCAGUUAAAGUCACUUCCAGAUCCGUUUCCUGCUACUUAAACAGAAUGUAACGUCACUCUGGUUUUUGGUUUUGUUUUGGUUUUCAUGAGGUUUGUCCGUCAGUCUGUCUGGGGGAAAUAAAAUGAAGUAGACUUUGUAAUAAA